GCUGUCCCGUGUCCUGAUGUUUUCUGUGCUCAGCCCUAGAUCGAAGUUCCCGCACGUGGGAGGCCGGGCCGGACCUUGAGCGCGAUGCCCCGCGCGCGCCGUUGCCGGAUAGUGCGCGCUCUGCUGCGCAGCCGGUACCGCGAGGUGUGGCCGCUGGCAACCUUCGUGCGGCGCCUGGGAACUGAGGGCAGGCGACUUGUGCAACCUGGGGAUCCAAAGGCCUUCCAUACGUUGGUGGCCCAGUGCCUAGUGUGUGUGCCCUGGGGCUCGCAGCCUCCACCUGCUGACCUUUCCUUCCACCAGGUAUCAUCUCUGAAGGAGCUGAUGGCCAGGGUCGUGCAGCGACUCUGUGAGCGCGGCGAGAGAAACGUGCUGGCUUUUGGCUUCUCGCUGCUUUGCGUGACCCAAGGCGGGGCCCCUUUGGCCUUCACAACCAGCGUGCUAAGCUACUUUCCCAACUUGGUGACUGACAUCCUGCGUUUUAGUCGUGCAUGGAUGCUUCUGCUGAGCCGAGUGGGGGACGACCUGCUGGUCUGCCUUCUGACCCGCUGUGCGCUCUACCUGCUGGUGCCUCCGACCUGUGCCUACCAGGUUUGCGGCUCACCCCUGUACCAAAUCGAUAGCCUCGCGGAUACCUGGCCCUCAGUGCCCCCCAGAUUCUGGCCCACACGACCCGCGGGCAGAAAUUUUAUCCAUCUUGGAUCCACACACCCGGUCAGGAACAGCUGUUACCAGGAAGCAUGGAAACCCUUGGCCUUGCCAUCUCGAGGCGUGAAGCGGUGUCUGAGCAUCACGGAUAGAAGUGUGCCUUCAUCCAAGAAGGCCAGGUGCAAUCUGGCCCUGAGACGGAAGAAGGGAACCGACAAGCAGGCGGUUCCAACCCCAUCAGGCAAAACACGGGUGCCAAGGCCUGCCCAGUUCCCCGCAGUGCCUACUAGCAGAGCUACCAAGGGAAAUUUGUCUUCCAGAGGAAAGGCACCUGACCUGAGUCUCUCCGGAUCAGUGUUCUGUGAGAACAAAUGCAGUUCCACAGACCUGCAGUCACCGCUAUGCCAAAAUGCCUUUCAGCCCCAACCUUUUACUGAGACCAAACGCUUCCUCUACUCCAGGGGAAGUGGCCGAGAGAAGCUGAACCCCUCAUUUCUACUCAACAACCUCCAGCCUAGCUUGAAUGGGGCCAGGAGACUGGUGGAGAUCAUCUUUCUAGGCUCCAGGCCUCAAACAUCAGGACCACAAUGCCAGACACGCCGCCUGCCAAGGCGCUACUGGCAGAUGAGGCCCCUAUUCCAGCAGCUGCUUGUGAACCAUGCAAGGUGCUCAUACGUCAGACUCCUCAGGUCACAUUGUAGGUUUCGGACAGCAGCCCACCAGGGGGCAGGUGCCUUGAACACCAGCCCACCGCACCUCAUUAAUUUGCUCCGCCUACACAGCAGUCCCUGGCAGGUAUAUGGUUUUCUGCGGGCCUGCAUCCGAAAGCUGGUGCCUUCAGGUCUCUGGGGUACGAGGCACAACAAGCGCCGCUUCUUGAAGAACGUGAAGCAAUUCAUCUCCUUGGGGAAGUACGGCAAACUCUCACUGCAGGAGCUGAUGUGGAAAAUGAAAGUGGAGGACUGCUCCUGGCUUCGCAGCAAUCCAGAAAACAACUGCGUCCCUGCAGCAGAGCACCGUAUGAGGGAAAGGAUCCUGGCUGCGUUCGUAUUCUGGCUGAUGGACACAUACGUGGUAGAGCUGCUCAGGUCAUUCUUUUACGUCACAGAAACUACAUUCCAGAAGAACCAGCUCUUCUUCUACCGUAAGAGUGUGUGGAGCAAACUGCAGAGCAUUGGAGUGAGGCAGCACCUCAAGAGAGUGCGGCUGCAGGAGCUGUCACGAGAGGAGGUCAGGCAAUACCAGGAGGCCUGGCCGGUCACGCCCAUAUACAGACUGCGUUUCAUCCCCAAGACCAGUGGUCUCCGGCCCAUUGUGAACAUGGGUUACAGCAUGGGCACCAGAGUCCUUGACAAAGAGAAACAGGCCCAGGAUUUCACCCACCGUCUCAAGACGCUAUUCAGCGUGCUCAACUAUGAACGGAAAAAGCAUCCUAACCUCCUGGGGGCUUCUGUCCUGGGCCUGAAUGACGUCUACAGGACCUGGCGGACCUUCGUGCUGCGCACGCGAACUCUGGGAUGGACACCCAGGAUGUACUACUUUGUUAAGGCAGAUGUGACGGGAGCAUUUGAUGCCAUUCCCCAGGACAAGCUCAUGGAGGUUGUCGCCAAUAUGAUCAGACACCCAGAGAACAUGUACUGUGUCCGCCAGUAUGCAGUGGUUCAAAGAAAUCGCCAAGGCCAAGUCCAUAAGUCCUUCAGGAGAGAGGUCUCCGCCAUGUCUGACUUCCAGCCGUACAUGGACCAGUUCCUGACACAUCUGCAGGAGUCCGAUGCCAGCGCACUGAGGAACUCGGUUGUCAUUGAGCAGAACUUCUCUCUGAAUGAGACCGGCCGCAACCUGUUCGACUUCUUCCAGCACUUUGUGCAUAACAGCAUCAUGGAGAUUGGCGGCAGGUGCUAUGUCCAGUGCCAGGGCAUCCCCCAGGGCUCCAGCCUGUCCACCCUGCUCUUCAGCCUGUGUUUCGGAGACAUGGAGAACAAGCUUUUUGCGGAGGCGCAGCAGGACGGGCUGCUUUUACGCUUUGUGGAUGACUUUCUAUUGGUGACACCCCAUCUGGUCCAGGCAAAAGCCUUCCUCAGGGCCCUGGUCCACGGCAUUCCUGAGUAUGGCUGCACCAUAAACUUACAGAAGACAAUGGUGAACUUCCCCAUGGAGACUAGUACCCUGGACGGUGCAGCUCCACACCAGCUGCCUGCUUGCUGCCUGUUUCCCUGGUGUGGCUUACUGCUGGACACUCAGACUCUGGAGGUGUUCUGUGACUACACCAGUUACGCCCAGACCUCAGUUAAGACCAGCCUCACCUUCCAGCGCACCUUCGAGGCCGGGAGGAACAUGCGGCACAAGCUCUUAGCUGUUUUGCGGCUGAAGUGUCACAGUCUGUUUCUAGACUUGCAGGUGAACAGCCUGCAGACCGUCUGCAUCAAUGUUUACAAGAUCUUCCUGCUGCAGGCCUACAGGUUCCAUGCAUGCGUGCUUCAGCUUCCCUUUGACCAGCAUGUUAGGAAGAACCCCGCAUUCUUUCUGGGCAUCAUCACCAGCACAGCAUCCUGCUGCUACUCCGUCCUGAAGGUCAAGAAUGCAGGAGUGACACUAGGGGCCAAGGGAGCCUCUGGCUUAUUUCCUCUUGAAGCUGCUCGUUGGCUCUGCUACCAAGCCUUCCUGAUCAAGCUGGCUGGUCAUUCUGCUGUCUACAGGUGUCUCCUGGGACCUCUCAGGGCUGCCCAGAAACAGCUGUGCCUGAAGCUCCCUGCGGCGACAAUGGCUAUCCUCAAGGCUGCAGCUGACCCAGCCCUAAGCACAGACUUUGAGACCAUUUUGGACUAAGUCUGCUUCCUUCAUCUGGAUGAACAUGGGCACUUUAGCCUCUCCUUUCAUAAAUUCACGUCACCAGAGGGACUGGCCUGUUGUGUAAAGGAGAGAGUCACUUGUUGGUUCCCGGCCGCUUAGCCCCUAAAUAAGCACAUAGAGACUGUAUUAAUUCAAUCACUACUUGACUCAUUAGCUCUAGUUUCUUAUUAGCUAACCCUUACAUAUGAAUUACAUAUUAAUUUAACCCAUUUCUAUUAAUCUACGUAUGGCCACAUGGCUGUGGCUUACCAGCUAAAGUUCUGGUGUCUGUCUUCCAGUGGGGCUUCAUGGUUUCUCUCUCACUCUGCCUUUUUUUUCUCCCAGCAUUCAGUUGAGUUUUCCCUGCCUACCUCUAUUCCCCGUGCAGGCACAAGAUAGUGUUUUUACUAACCAAUGGUAUUCACAGCAUACAGAGGGAGUUUGUCCUUGUUUCUCUGGUGGACUUGAUUUCCUUCUUAAUGCCUUCCAGGAAGCAGAUCCCACCCUUUUUAGUGGCAGGGAUCCCCUAGCUACCAACACCAAAAGGAGGUAGAAGGUGCAUGGGUGCGCUGGGACGAUGUGGACAGAUGUGAGGUGCUGGACCUGAUGUCUUUUUAUAUCUAACCAUGGAGCCUUUCCCAAUGGAGUCAGAGUGUUUCAGAGAGGAAGACAUGGCUUUGAGCCAAUAACCUAAAUUACAGCCUAAAUAUAUUUCAAAUUCAAGUGACUGCAUGUUUAGUUACUUUUCUAUUGCUGCGAUAAAACAUCAUGACCAAGGCAACUUAUAUAAGCAAGGUUUUUGGUUUUUGUUUUUAACUGGAGCAGUAGUUGAGAGUUUACAUAUUGACCCAAAGCAUAAGGCAAAGAGAACUAACUGGGAGAUGGUAGGGGUCUUUUAUUUUUAUUUUAUUGUAUUUUUCGCAAUAUUCUCAGAGUCCACUUUAAUGUUUAGUGGUAGUUUGACAAAUACUUCAGAACGUUGUGAACGUUGAAAUCAAACAGGUCACAGGCAAGUCGAAGGGAUCAUGCUGGGGACAUUUCAUAAGUUCUCUGAAGCUAAGAUUCCUUGGCAGCAUCUCACGGUAAAUCAAUCAUAGUGGUAUCUACUGAGAUAAAAUUGGAUGAUGUAUGUUAGUACUAAAUCAGACAGGAGUCAUAUGCAAAUAAACAGCAAAUCAUGAAAGUGUUGUUGUUUGUCAUGCUUGUUUGACGUAUCACUCUAACAGACUUCUACUUCUCCCUGCCCCCCCCCCUUUGUUUUUUCUUCCUUCAAGACAGGACCUUACUGUGUAGAUCUUGGCUGUCCCAGAACUCACUGUGUAGACUAGGCUGGCCUCAAACUCAGCUUGAUCCACCUGCCUUUACUUCCCAAGUGCUGGGAUUAAAGGCACGUGCCACAAUUCCCUGAUGUGAGAUUCCCCUCUGUAUGUUGUGAAUAUGUUUUAUUAUCAUUGGUUAAUAAAGAAGCUGCUUUGGGCCUAUGUCAGAGCAAAAAAAAAAAAAAAGCCAGGCAGGAAAUCCAAACAGAGAUAGAGAGAAAGUAGGAGGAGUCAAAGAGAUGCCAUGUAGCUGCCGAAGGAGAGGAAAAUGCCAGACCCUUAGGAACCUUACCGGUAGGCCACAGCCUUGUGGUGAUACACAGAUUGAUAGAAAUGGGUUAAUUUAAGAUGUAAGAGGUAGCUAGGAAUACGCUAGAGUCAUUGGUCAAACCGGGUUGCAAUUAAUGUAGUUUCUAUGUGAUUAUUUGGGUCUGGUUGGCUGGGAAACGAACAAGCAACCUCCUACAAUUCCCUAGCUUGUUUCCUGAAUUAAUACCCUGAUUACACACUAUACGCCCUUCAUCACAAAGCCCCAUUCAAACUGCCUGCCCAUGUCCUUUGCAUAAACUUUCCAUUCUAACCUGAUCCUCUCCUCAAAUUUGAGUCUUUCCCUUUGCUCAGCCCACACAAUGGUGUUCUUAUUUCCUUCCCUUUGCUUUUCUUUUUCUUUCUGUCUUUUUUUUUUUUUUAGAAAAGAACAGGCUUCUAAGCAGUAGCAAUCAAACAUGAUAAAAUAAUAAAAUAUAAUAAGAUAAAACAAAAACCAUCACACAGAGGCUGGACAGGGCAACCCAACAAAAGGAAAAGAGCCCCAAGAACAGGCACAAGAAUCAGAGGCUCACUCAUCCACACACUCAGGAGCAUACUAGACUAAGCUAAAAGCUCUAAUAUAUAUGCAGAGGACUGGUGCACACCCAUUUUGGCCCUGUGCGGUCUUCAUAGGUUCAUAUGAGCCUUGCUUGGUUAAUUCAGAGGGUCUUGUUCUUCUGGUGUCCUCUAUCCCCUCUGGGUUUUAACAAACUUUCUGCUUCCUCUUCUUCAGGGUUCUCUGAGGUUUGAGAGGGAGGAUUUGAUGAAGACAUCCCAUGUAGGGCUGUGUGCUCCAAGGCCUUUCUCUGCAUAAAGUCUGGCUGUGGGUCUCUGCAUCUGUUCCCUUCUGCUGCAGGAGGAAGUUUCUCUGAUGAUGACUGGAUAAGGCGCUGAUCAUGAGUGUAGCAGAAUAUCAUUAGGAGUCAUUUUAUUGAUAUUUUUUAAAAAGCAGUAUUAUUUGGCUUUUCCCUAGGUCUCUGGGCUACCUAGUCUCUGGUUCCUGGUUACCCAAGUGGCGUUGGGUAUGAGUUCCAUCUUGUGGAGUGGGCCCUAAGUCAAAUCAGACACCGGCUGGCCACUCCCACACGGUCUGUACCACCAUUGCCCUACCGUCUUAUAGGUAGGACAGAUUGUAGGUCAAAGGUUUUGUGGCUAAGAUGAUAUUAACAUUUCUCUUUCGGUAGCCUGCAGAGUACCUAGAGUGUCGGGGUGAAGGCUCCAUGUAGGCACCAACUCAACUUCUUUAGGACCAUCUUCAUAUAUUUUAGGAGGUUUGACUGCACUAGGUUUCCAUACUGUCCCUCAAAUGCCCCUCAAUUCCAACUGUAUCUCUUCGAAUUCCCUCUCUCAACCCUAUCUCCUCUCCCUAUCCCCACCUGAUCCUCCUGUUCCCAUCCCCUCCUGCCCCCAGUUCACCUGUAAAAUAUAUUCUUUUCCCCCUCCCAGGGAGAUCUAUGUGUCCCCCUACCUAAUCUCUCCCUCAACACCUAACCUCUGUGGUUCUUAUCAUUGACUUCACAGCUAAAAUCCACAUAUAAAUGAAUACAUAGAGAGUAUUUGUCUUUCUGGGCCUGGGAUACCUCACUCGGGAUGAUUUUUUUCUAGUUCCAUCCAUUUGCCUGAGAAUUCCAUAAUGUCUAUUUAAAAACAAACAAAAAAUAAA